AUGGACGAUACCCCUUGGGACGAACUCCCACACGACGACUAUGGCCCGGGGUUGCUCGCCACAGUAUGGACUCUUAUUGGUAUUGCUGGUGCAUUUAUAGGCCUACGGAUAUACUGCAAGUUCUCGCGUGGAAGAGGACUGUGGUUAGACGACCAUGUGCUGGUUGCAUCGUGGUGCGCUCUGCUAGCUCUGGGAUCGUUCAUCUCUAUCGACGUGUCGUACGACUUUGGCAAGCAUAACUGGGAUAUCACGCCGGGAAAUUGGUCAUGGCUAUUACUCUAUGCCAACCUUUCUGGGUCGUUUUCAAUCAUCGCAGCAGCUUGGAGCAAGACGUCUUUCGCGCUGACUCUGCUUCGAAUUACACGAGAAUCAUCCGAACGAUGGAUGAAGUUGCUCGUAUGGUUCAUCAUCAUCUCAAUCAACACAUUCCUCGGCGUCAACGUACUCUUCACCUGGAUACAAUGUUGGCCGGUUGAGAAGACUUGGAGGACAGCCUCAACACCUGGCACCUGCUGGCCGAAGAGCAUCAUGAUGAACUAUAACGUCUUCACGGCAUCGUACUCUGGAGGGAUGGAUAUCGUACUGGCCAUCUUGCCAUGGAAGAUUAUAUGGGGACUUACUAUGACCAAAAAAGAGAAAUUCGGUGUUCUAAUUGCUAUGAGCAUGGGCGUAUUCGCCGGUGCUGUAUCUUUCAUCAAGAUCCGAACAAUUGCUUUGGUGAUCUGGGGGGCAGCAGAAAGUGUUGUCACUAUUAUCGCUGCAACCAUACCAAUACUGCGGGCAUUGGUACGGGACCACAAAGCGCCAACGGCUCGAUUCGCUAGUGACGAAGAGUCCAUGAUGCGCCGUCUGGGAGCAGCCUCGAUUGCGACAGCUACCGUAGCAAGCCCAGGUUUGAGGAGGUCAAGAUCUGAUCUGGAGUUAGCAGAGUGGAAGGACCCAUUGACGGAGACUCGAACGGGUCAGUAUAACCAGAUCCCGAGGCCGUGGAAAGUAGGUGACGUGAAGUUUGAGCCAAAAAGAGGAGACGACAUGAUGAGACGGGGUAUAGUGGUUCUAUGGAGCUAUCCAGAAGAUUAA